UCCAAUGAUUGUCUUCCUGAUUGAGGAACAAAACACUCGUUGUUAUCCAGCAGGUAUCGAUAUACACAUGAUGUAAGACACCCGGAAUUUUAUUGAAACUUGCAAAAGGUUACCAGAGGCAACAUGAUACAUCAUAACUGUCAUGUAGGAGUACCUACCGUUCAGGUGAAAUCACCUAUUAGCAUGAUUAGUACAACAGUCAUUAGCUUGAUAUAAUCUGACCACCCUACUUUGAUGUGUAUUAAAGAAACUUUUACAUUUUCUCAGUCCUUUGGUUUGACACCAGUAUCCAAUGAAGUCCAGCGGAUUGUUACAGUAGUAAUGAUCUUCCUGUGAAGUUGAUUGAUGAUUUUGAUUCUUUUUUUUCUUUAUCUGGUGUAGUGUCGAAUGUAAUUCUGAUGUGUUAAGUAUUAACACUGAAUAUUGAUAGUCAAGGCAACCUCAGUACAUCAGUAGUAAACAAAGAUAGCGUAGUGAUGAAUUAGUACUACUGGUGGUCAGUUGGGGAGAUAAGAUGACCAGCGGAGAUAAUUCACUGUGACUGUGUCCUGGUCAGUGUGGUGGGGGGAGAAUUGAAGAAGGAUACCAUGUCCGGGAUGUAAGGCUGAAGGUUGACGACAGUCAUGGUGAGAUUCUCCUGCAUUGAUGUAUAGGAAGUAGCAACUGGUCAGUGUGAUGUAAUACUAAGUGGGCAGGUAGUGACAGCCUGAGGACAGUACACAGCAGAUCACAGGCCAAGCAGGCUGUCAGGUACCCAGGAAGUGACCAGCCAAUAACUGUGGAAGCAAAGAUAGAUACUUGCACCUAUGUACCCCGGGGGCAACUGCUCGGUGCUGUUUCCAAUACGAGUGAGGAGGACUUUUUUUUUUACCUUGGCCAAGAUCAUGUGAUUACUGAGCUCGUUUAAAAUGUGUGCGGUACUUUUGAUUACUAGUUGUGAUUUCUUGUUAUGGAAGAGAGGCUGUGACUUUAAAAGGACUUAGUUUGGGUUUUUUUUUACUUCACUGCCUAGUGCUAUCCGGUGGAUUAUAGCAGUUUACAGAUUUGUUAUGUCACCGAGUUCUAAUACUUAUCCAACAGAUAUAGGUGGUGUCAUUGUUGUCGACCAGGACCAUUACAUCACUUUUAUUGGCUGUUACCUUCUAUUGACCGCUCAGUAAGAAUUUUACAGAAAUUGACAUAAUAGAUUUAAUUCUUACUUUUUUGGGGGGAGGAAGGAUUAUGAAGAUUUAGCUGACUCUCGUUCAUUUUCAAAGACCGUCAACAUUUUUAGUACACAGUUUGAGCUGAAAUCUACAUAGAAACUAUUGUGCAAAAGAGGGAAAAAAGGACUUUAUAAAAACUUCAUUUUUGUGGAAAUUUGGGGGAAAAAAUAUUGAUAGAUUACGAACUUUGAAGACUUGCUUACUGAUGGUAGCAGUGAAUGGCUUCCUACGGUAACACUCAAUGUUUUGACAGCGGUAAACUUGGACGAGACAGUCCAAGUAGUUAUCAACAGUUCUUCUGUGACCCUAACAAGCCCACCGAAUCUCGGCUUCAUAAAAUGAACCUGGAAGGAGGCUAUGGAAAAUUGAGUAUGGACCCUAACUUUAGUGAUGCGUACAUGAUGGAUGGAUUGGGAGGCGGUGGGUAUAUGCCUUCAGGGGGAAUCCCCCAGGGACCUUGUUCCACGUCGGGACCCUCCAUGGUAGGGGGACCCUCAAUGAGUCAUGGUUACAUGGGACAGAACACAGGAUUACACACAAACAAUUAUCAGUCAGGACCGAUGUCAUCCAGCUAUCUUAAUCCUUACAUGCAGUUUCAAGGCCUAGCAGCUGCGGCAGCAUCAGCAUCAUCCCCCACACUGGCUCGGGCAUUAGCAGCAGUGCAACAAACACAAAAGCGACCAAGAAGUGAGAAAAAGCCCAUUCCUUCGGAACAGAAAGACAACAAGUAUUUUGAACGCAGGAAACGAAAUAAUAUGGCUGCAAAAAAAUCAAGAGACGCUCGCAAAGCACGGGAGGAUGAAAUUGCCAUCAGGGCCAGUUUUCUUGAAAAAGAAAAUGCCAUUCUCCGAGCCCAAGUUGGCACUUUGAGAGAAGAGGCUAAUUCCUUAAAGCAACUCCUUCUACAAAAAAGAUCAAGACCUUAAUCUCCAUUCAAAAUCCAACAUGUGUAGCCGGUGUUGCGUGUUCUAUAUUUAGCUCUGUUUUAUCUUCGUAGUGUUAUAUUGCAAUAAAGUUGAUUUAUUGUAUCAUUAGAACCGUUAAAACAAUACUGCAUUUCAAAUCAUCUUUGAAAAACCUUCUUUUUUUUUCAAAGCCGGUGUCAAUGGUGUUAUAUUACAUUUACAAAUGCAAUAGCAUUGGUUAUUUUGAUAAUAUCGUUUAGAUGUCAUUUAGAUUAAGACUUGAAAAAUUCAUGGAGUGAAUUGUAUAUACAUGUCGUAUUAGUAUCAUAUGUGGAUGAAUAUAUAUAUUGUGUAUGGAUUUAGACAUACCUAUGUAUAAUGUUAUGGUUUUUCUUGAAAGGUGGUGAUGAUAGAUACUUGUUAUAUAUUGUUUUUUUAUCCACUGAUGUACAGGAAAUAAGUACUGGUAUGUUGAAACCUUCCCCAUUAAUUUACAUGCACAGUGUAUAUGUAAUGUAAGAGAAAUAUAUAUAUAUAUAUAUAUAUAUACAUACAUAUGUACUAUUGUUCCAAUAACAGUGAGCCACUUGGCUUGAUGAAGCAAGCAGCAAAAUUUUUGGUGAGGCUUUUUCAAAGAUUUCAAUGUAGCAGAUAUACCGGUAAUUAUUGUUCUCAAUGAUGAGUCAUGUUGAAAGAAUGACAGCAUGGUCAUCCAAACUCAUUUUUAUUUUAUACUGUACGACCAAUCGGUGAGUGAUAGUGUUAUUUUCACAUGAUUUUCUACAUUAAAUUACACACCGUUUCUGGAAUGAUAGUAUGUAUGUAAAUUAAUUAUAUAUAUCAGAGGAUUUCUAUAUUUGAUGUGGCCGAGAAAUUGAUGUCUUUCAAAUUUGAAGGAAAAAAAUUUUAAACCGUUUCAUGUGCAUGUAUGUUGUGUAACUACAGAGAUGUUGAUGUGAUACAUAGCACACACUUAAGAAUUUAGCGAGAACAAAGUGAAAGUAAUUAUGAAUACAUCAAUGUGAAUUAGGUAUGUGUGCAAUGAUUAUCCGGUGAAAAUUGUUGUUUCGAAAUACUCUACAAAAGCAAUUCAUAAUUUGUAUUCCAUAUACUUGCUCAUGUUGUGUAACCUGAAGAAACAAUUAUCCUAUCCCCAUAUUGUCCCCCAGUGUACUUUCUCCGUUUAUUCUGCCCCCUAGAAUGCCCUCCAUAGCGGGUAUGUGGUGUUGGAGGGCACAUGUUGAUGUUCCAUGAUUUCAGUGAUGUGCUGUGGUUCUUUGAUUUUUACACAAGUAAAUUUGAUUGAAAUCUCAAAAUAAUUGGGGAAAGGUUUGAAUUUCUUUGUAUAUAUUUAUGUCAGAAUAGUGCUCAUUAUUUCAGUGCUGGGACUUGAUUAAAUUUGGAGAAAAUUCCUUUUUAUAGAGCUAUAUUGCUGCAGUAUAUUUCUCCCUCGACGUAGACUUUUUUUCAUGGUGUGAAUAUGGCCCGGAAAAACUCUUUUCCCCUGUUCCAAGAAUUGGUCAUUUUUCUUAACGAUCUCCUGAAAUGGCAGCAACAUUUGAUACAAGUACAUAUCAAUUUGUUAUCAUGUAUUUAUAAGACUUUUUUUCUCAACAUUAAAUAGAAGGUGCUUCUUCAUGUUUCCAUACAGUUUUGGCAUUAUGCAGGAACAGACAUUUUUCAUUGAUUUCAAGAAUUGUUUUGGAACAAUCCUCAGGAAGAUAUUUUGCAAUACAUCGGAGUGUGUAUUUUAGCCAAUUUAAAAACAACAACAAGGAAUGUUGAAUAACGACAAGAUUUUAUCAGUAUUUUAUGGGGGUUUUUUUGUUGUUGUUGUUGUCUUAACGAGUACAUUUUACACUAGAUAUUGAAAGGGUUUUUACUCAUUAGAGCCUAAUGUAGUUAUGGUGUGCACGAAGAGACAUUCUGGUUUUGAUUGUAUCUUUACAUUUAGUAGCAAGUUUAUCUCAGGGAUAUUCUGUAUGUAUAGUUCAUGGUACGUCACCAUUAAUUGGUACGACUUACUGAUAUCAAACCUUUGGAUGUUCAUAUCUGUACAAUUCUAAUCAGGAUCGGUGAUUUUAUUUUUUGGUUUCUAGACCAGAUGUAGAAUUGAAUGAAACAUUUUCCAAUCUAUAUUGAUAGAAUGUUAAGUGAAAGAUGUAUUAAGAGAAAAAGAUAUAUAUACUCUGUUUCAUUUCACGUGUUCGUAUUGUUGGACAAGAAAACUGAUGGAUAAUGCAUCCAGCCUUAAUUUCAUUCUUUAUUUCUUGUGCAAGUAUAUGUUUUCACACAAUUUUAAUUUCACUGGACAUUUUUAAUCUAUAUAAAUGAAACUGUUAGGUUAUGUUCAUUGUAGUUUUGAUUUCAAGAUUUUGACCUGCAGUUAAACUAACAAAAAUUUAACGCAGUGAAAAUAAGGCUGUAUACAGUAUUUGGUUUUUAAGGAGGAAAAGGAUUUUGACUGUAUAAUUGUAUUCUUUGAUAGUAUAUUUUACAUAGAAGUAGAAUGUUUUAGAACUUUUAAAGUCCGUAAGACUUCAACAUUGCGACUGUCAGGGUGUGAAUGGAAAGGUAGACUCUAGAAACCCUGCUGUUGUCUCGGAAGUAUGAUCAGGAAUCUGUCAGAGACGCUCAGUGAUAUGUUCCUGUAGUGUAUUGUGUAGAAAUCUUCAAACUGUAUGCAUUUUACACCAUUAAGUAAUGUGUACAUGUAAUAUUUCAUGAAAUAUAGGUAUAAAUUUACAACGUGAA